AUGCAAUCACCUCAAAGAACAAAUUCUUGUUUCGACCAAGUUAUAUUAGAAUCUCCUAUUCCAAGUCCUAUUUCUACAAGUUUUACAAUGAAUGUUACUAGAAAACCAGCACGUAACUGGUCUAUAGAAGAAGACCGUAAAUUGCUUGAUGCUGUCAGUAAAUUUGGAAAUUCUCGAUGGGUUGAAAUUGCUGAGUUUGUUGGGAGUCGUUCCAGGAAGCAAUGCAGAGAACGUUAUAUAAAUCAUGUCUCUCCAAUGAUUGACACAAGUAAAUGGACACCAGAAGAAGAUUAUGUUAUAAUUCAAGGACAUUACAAAUAUCUUAACUCAUGGAGUAAAAUUGCUAAAUUAUUAAAAGGAAGAACUGCAAAUGCUGUAAGAAAUAGAUAUCAUAGUCUCUCUUCUAAAAUCCCAACAUCAAAAACAUGCUUUGUUCCAUCAUCUUCUCCUUAUACUGUUACUUACGGUGGAGAGUUGUGGUAA